CGUGACUCUAAGCCACGUGAUCAGCGAAAAGAAAAGGAGGGCUGGGAGGCAGUGCAAACACAAUUGUUUAUAAUUUGCUAAAAUGCUGAAAUGACUUUGAAACGGAGCGAUAUACGAAACUGGAUAAACAGACUGCGUUUUCUUGCUAAUGAUGACAAGGAGAUAGUUUAGUACUAGCGAUUUAUCGUUCUUACCUAUGGAGGGAUAUUUCGGAAGUACUUACAAACCUACUGCAUUGAACGUCUCGUGUGUAUUAAUUCAUGAAUUUCGCUGAAAAGAUGUCUUGGUUUCGUUAAGACUCUCAAUAAGUCAGACUUCUGUCCGUAGUUGACUGUCAGGAAGACUGAAAAGAUGAACGCAUUAGUUGCUCUGUGCCACUUCUGUGAACUCCAUGGACCUCGCACACUGUUUUGCACCGAGGCUGUUCAUCCACCGUCACCCUCACCUCCUCAGCCAGGAUCAGCGAUGAUGCCUGAUCGAGAACCUGAAGGAGAGCGUGAUGGAGAGGGACUCACCAUGAAGGCCAACAGCUCUGACACACACAGAGCUGACAUGUGCGAGGGCUGUCGCUCCCUCCCUGCUUCUCACCCUGGUUUUGUGAGUGUGGACAGUGAGACGGGGAUUCGCUUCCUUAGUCAUCAGCAUCCACGUCAGCCACAGCUGUUCAGCAUGGUGCGGCAGGCUUGUGUGCGCAGUCUGAGCUGUGAGGUGUGUCCAGGUAGAGAAGGACCCAUCUUCUUUGGAGAUGAGCAGCAUGGCUUUGUGUUCUCGCACACGUUCUUCAUCAAAGACAGCCUGGCACGUGGCUUCCAGCGCUGGUACAGCAUCAUUAUAGUGGCCAUGGACAGAAUCUACCUCAUCAACUCCUGGCCUUUCCUGUUGCGCCACCUGAAAAUCACUAUUCAGAGUCUGCAGGGCACAGCACUCCAGGUGUUUGAAAGCGAGCAGGUGGUAUGCCCUCAGAGAGCAGAACGGAUUUUUUCACCAGCAAGUUUUCCUCAUCAACGCAAUGGCAAUGCAGCUCGCUCUCUAACCUCUCUGACCCAGCAUCCCAAUCUGUGGGCCAGCCUGCAUACUUCUUUCAGCUGGCUGCUAAAGGCAUGUGGGAGCAGACUGACUGAAAAACUACUUGAGGGAGCGCCUACUGAAGAUACACUUGUCCUCAUUGAAAGACAAACAGAACAAGAAGAAGAAAUGAAUGCUGAGGGAGUCGGCGAUACAGCUCAGGACUGCCACUUAGACAUCACACAAGACAGAGACUUUCUGUAUGGUGAUGAUGGAAAAGGGGCAGAGUCUCUUGGACCAAAAUUCAAAUCUCUGAGACAUUUACGUCAGGUCCUUGGUGUGACAGAGUUCAGACAGCUUGCAUGGCAUGUGCUAAUGGGAAACCAAGUCAUAUGGAGAGGGCAGGACUGUGGGCUCAUCCAGUCAGCUUUUGGUAUGCUCAAGGCCUUGCUCCCAGUAGGCUGUGUUCGAGUGAUACCCUAUACUACACAGUAUGAAGAAGCAUAUCGAUGCAAUUUCCUGGGUCUGAGCCCUGAUGUGCAAAUCCCAUCUCAUGUCACUUCCUCAGAGUUCAUGGUGUUAGUAGAGGUGCUGAACGUGGAACAUGGAAGUGCGUAUCCUGCAUACAAUGAAGACAUCCUUUCACUGUACCAGUUCAAUAUCAGCAGUGCCAAUACACAACCAACAGACAAAGGACCGACGCUGUUGAAUAAGAUCGAGUUGGCACUGGCUAAUGAGAAUCUGUCAGUGGAUGUGGUGUCUCACUGCCUGCUCUGUCUAAAGGAGGAGUGGAUGAAUAAAGUGAAAGUGCUGUUUAAGUUCUCGAAGGUGGAUGGAAGAGGUAGAGAGGACACACAGAAGGUUUUAGCCCUGCUAGGGGCCACUGGACAUGGAGAAGACGACAAUGUGCGUCUCCUUAAGUUCUGGAUGACAGGACUGAGCAAGACGUACAAGAGCCAUCUAAUGACCGCCGUCCGAGGAGGAGAGAGAUCCAUGAGUCAAUAGGUGUGUGUGUGUGUGUGUGUGUGUGUGUGUGUGUGUGUGUGUCAGAGAGACAGAUAGAGACAGAGAGAGAACAUGAGCAUCACUUCAAAACGGUUCCAUUGUGUACAUGAUGGUUGGUGUAUUUUGAAGGAGUUUGUAUUGCAUAUGUUGUUUUAUGGAUAAACUAAAAAUGUCUCAGAGGGAUGUGUAGCCACUUGCAAAACUUGUGCUUGGACUUUUGCUUCAGCUAUCACAUUCUUUUCACAUGCAAUUUUAUAUAACUUAUCUUUUUCUUCACAAUAUUUGAUUCAUUUUCAAAUCUUAGACUUUCUGCAGCAUUAUUGCUGAAGUCUUUUUGUUUUGUUCCAUUCUUUGCAGUUGGCCAUAAUGCCAAGUACACAGUCCAACCAGCACCACCCUGCUUAGACAGAUGUUAUAACUUGCACAUAACGUUUAAUCUUGCCGCACGUUUUCCUGCGUAUUAACUGGAGUUCUUGUGUUGUUUACAAAAAUUGAGUUGGAUUACUUUAAUUAUAGUUUUCAUCAUCAUAGAGCUUGCAGAUACUUAAUUCUUGCUCUUUGAUUUGUUGAGAUUACAUAUUAUUAUUAUUAUUAUUAUGGUUAUUAAAAAUGUAAUCCAUUUGCUAAACUGAGCAGUCAUUGUAACAUCUGCAUUAUUUCUGUGCUGUUUAAAGCACUUAUUUAUUUGAGCUAUUUAUGCAUCUAGUAUGUUUCACUUAAUGAUUUUUAAGAAGAACUACACAUUAAAAUAUGCUCAUAUGUAUAUUCUCUAUGUAUGAAAGCAUUUGUUGAAAAAUGUGUGUGCGCUCUUUUAUGUAGCAGGAUUUUCUGUAAGAACCUGUUAAUGAAGAAUCUGCACUCAUUUCAAUUGGAGUAGGACAGUGUCUGCGUUUCUACAAGUGUUUUAGUGAGAGAUCUUGAGUAGGUCAUUUGUUUUGCACCUUUGCUGAUGUCUUUGUUAAAUUAUACUUAGAAUAUCUGUAUCAUUCUCUGUAACUUGCUGUUAAUAUGGGCUUUUUUACUGUAAAUAUAAAUGCUAAAUAAAUACAUUUGAAUUUAAAACAA